AUGACGACGGAUAAAGAGGCGUUUUUCAUGCGCUUAGAGCAGCUGGACUGCCCUAGUGAUGAAUCCGAGGGUGAAUUUGACCGUCUCAUAGCAACUUCACGGCGGAAUGGUGGGAUUCACUCGUCUCCCGACUCUUUUUAUCCUCGGAGUCCCUCAUAUAAAUCAUCCUUUUUAGAAGAUGUUCCUGUCGCUGCCGGCAGGUUGUCUCCUGUCUCUUCUAUUACCUCCAUCACUGAGAUUACAGGCAACGAGCUGAAUGUACAGAGCGACAUGGGAUCAUCCAAACGUCCAGCAAAGUAUGCCUCUGGAAAGCGCAAGCGAGGAGUCUUAGCCGCGAAGAUAAUCCCUGAGCAGCAGCAGAUCCUCAAAGGCCUUGUAUUCUUCUUCUUCCCGAACAAUGACGUUUCUCCCCUACGACGGGUGCGUAUCCAGAGAGCCCAGGAAUAUGGAGCUCUAUGGGCCAAGACGUGGAGAGACGAUAUUACGCACAUCAUUGUUGAUAAAGGGCUGAAAUAUGAUGACAUCCUGAAGCACUUGAAGAUGGAGACAGUUCCGCCUGAAAUCGCUGUGGUUAAUGAAAGUUAUCCUGCGGACUGCAUCAAAUGGCGAAGCAUCCCGAAGGUGACACAGUUUCGAUUCCAAGUCAAAGGUGCUCCUUCAUCCGAACCUAGCGUACCAAGCAAUCCGCCGGAAGAACUACCAGCUGUCACCGACGGGUCUCUGCCUCUGAAGCCAGAAGGAAAACAGUUGCCCCAAACUCAGAGAUCAUCCCAGCUGCUUGAACAAGAAGAACCCACACCAGAACCAGCGCCGGUACUCGACCUUCCGGACGAAGCCAACAAGCAGAUGGUUCCCGACAGUUUUGCUGAACGUGAACGUGACGCCCUGGAUCUUGUGAUAGAGGAGACUAAAGCCACCGAACACCUGCCUUUGGACCCUUCAGAUGACGAUGCUCCCGCUGGGGACUCUGAUAAUGAAACUGACAACUCACAACCUCCACCGGCGAAGUCUAAGAGAAGGAAGCUGUCUCGUGAUGAGAAUGAAGCAAGAGGAUCAUGGCAGAAAUCGUUCCGAUGCAUGCAGAAGCAUGACUUGACCUCGAAAUCCGUGACGCAGAACCCAAAUGCAAAAACAAUCGAGGUACUGCAAAAUAUGCUCGAAUACUACACUCGAACUGCUGACCAGUGGCGCACCCUGGCCUAUCGGAAAGCCAUCAGUGCUCUACGCAGUCAGCCAAAGAAGGUGACAAACCGCGCAGAUGCCAUUCAAAUCCCUGGAAUUGGAGAGCGUCUAGCAGACAAAAUAGAGGAAAUAGUGCUCACAAAUCGUCUACGUCGCCUGGAAAACACAAGCAAUACCGCCGAGGACCGUCUACUACAGACCUUCCUGGGUGUCUAUGGGGCGGGAUUGGCCGUGGCUUCGAGAUGGAUAGCGCAAGGUUACAAGUCAUUGGAUGAUUUGCGCACAAGGGCGACCCUCACUCAGUCGCAGCGCAUCGGUUUGGAACACUACUUUGACUUUUCGCAGCGGAUACCAAGAAGCGAGGUACAAGAACACGGAGACUAUGUGCGGCGAGUGGUGCAAAAAGAAAGUCCUGAAAUGGAAGUUAUCAUCGGGGGUUCUUACCGGCGCGGAGCAGCCGAUUGUGGCGACAUUGAUUUGCUCAUCACAAGAUCUGAUGCGACGAUCGAUGAGAUUCGAACAAUGAUGCUGGACAUUGUUGUGCCGAAACUCUUCGAGGAGGGGUUUCUCCAAACCGGUCUAGCUACCACGUCUCGAGAAGACGGUUCAAAAUGGCACGGCGCAUCCAAACUACCGGGCGGACAAUUCUGGCGGCGUAUCGACCUUCUAUUCGUGCCUGGGUCCGAGUUAGGAGCAGCCUUGGUAUAUUUCACUGGGAAUGAUAUCUUCAAUCGCAGUAUCAGACUACUCGCAAGUAAGAAAGGUAUGCGGCUGAACCAGAAAGGACUUUAUGCGGAUGUGGUGCGUGGCCCUCAACGGGCCAAACUCAACACCGGUCGAUUGAUCGAGAGCCGGAGCGAAGAGCGCAUAUUCGAGCUCCUGGGGGUACCCUGGCGUCCUCCAGAGCAUCGCAUCUGCUGA